AUGGGUGCCGAUACCCAAUCCCACCACUCGUUCAAGUCUAGGUCCAGGCCAAGGAUCUGCCGAUGGCCCGAUUGGAUCGCGCAAUCUCACGCGAAGGAAGGGAUCAAGAGCAGGCGCUUGCUCAAAUUCCGGAGCAAAUUCCUCGUCCACACGCAGUGCUUGCACGGCGAGGGCGCCGGCUCCAAGAAUCCGGCCAAGCGCAACAAAGCGGGAGGCGGUGACGCGAACGAUCGGAUUUUCAGGUGGGUUGCUGUGCCACCUCCGGAUCGCCUGCCGCUCGCCGAUCCCAAGAUCCCCGAGCCGCAAGUGUACCGGAGGAGAGUGAUCCAGAAGCGCUUGAAGAGACUGGGCGAUGCGUACGUUCGUCCAGCCAAGCUCAAGAAGCAACGGCUAGCUGCCGGGAUCGUCUACAAGCCAUACAAGUAUGGGGAUCCCGAGAAGUUGAAAGCGGCAAAAUCGUUCUUUGAGCGGAGAGCGAUGAUCCUACGAGAACUACUGGUGUCUGCGCUGCGGCGGAAGCUGCCAAGGCUCUGCUGCCAGAUCGAAAAGGUUGGGAUCUUCACCGUCUACUCGAGUUUAAGAACUAAAGAAUGGAUGAGACGAAGUUACGAAUGGGAAUUGGUAAGUUCUUUAUGGUUCUUUCGUGAAGCAUGGUUGAUACUUUUGGCAGGCAGAAAAUUAGAACAUCUCAAUACUCAGAAACUACCGGUGUUCCGCAGCUUUUUUAUUUCACAGUUUUCUUUUCCCUUUCUUCUGAAGUUUGUUCCCAUAUCGGAUACGCUGCGACGACAAACGAUUUGAAUCAAACGAAUAACACGAAGAGCUUCAUACGAA